AUGAUUCGCUAUCAUCCAGUAAUUCCUUUUAAGCAUAAAGAUAAGAUAAUCGAACAUAUUGCCAAAAGUAUUACAUUGAGAAAUGGCUGUUCUUCUAGCUUCAAAAUAUCUUCCGUUUCUUCCGAACACAACAGUAAUUAUAACAUAAAUUAUAAUAAUUGCGAACAUAUGGUAAAUAAGUGUGUGUUAGGUCUUAAUUUUUCUGAAUAUGCUGAAAAGAAAAACAACUGGUAUACCAAGGAAUUAAAUAUCUCGGAAAAAAUUAAUGAAACUAAUAGGGAAUUUGAUAGUAAAUAUAAUUACAAAGGUAAUAUAAGCGAAAUAAGAGGAUACGGAGAACGGUUCUUUGAUGUUAAUCGGGAUGGAAUAAAAAUGGAUGCUUGUGUUGAAGUGCAACCUAAACCAAACGAAAGUAUUACGAGAACACCGGAAGAAAGAAAAUGGGUAGAGGAACAGUUAAAUAAAGAAAGGACACCGGAAGAAUUAAAAAAAGCGGUGUUAGGAUUAGAGUAUGAAAUUUUUGAAAAAGAAGUCGAGGAGGAACAUGAAUACAUAAAAAACCAUUUUUUUGAAAUAAAAAGAGGUAUCAUCAACAUAAUUAAACAAAAUCCCCAAGAAUGGGAAAUUAAGGAGGAAGAAAAACAAAGUUAUAAUAUUGCUUUUCUUGUUGGUGUUCGUGAUUUCAUUAAUGACACUGAAAUUUUUCUCAAAAGGCUUCGUAGAUUAAUCACCAAACUUCCUAAAUUUUAUGACAAACUUAAAGAGGUUGAGAAAUCCUUAAUUUUAACUGAUAAAGAAAAACAAGCAGAAAAGAAAAAUCAUUCAUUUCGAAUUAAUUUUUUGCAGGAAAAAAAUGAUGGUCAACAACGAGAUAACAUUCAUUUAUUUAAACUUUGUCGGAAAUGCCUUGAUGAGUUAGCAGAGAAAGAAAAAAUAGCCGAUGAAAUAGGAGAGGAAGAAUGGAAAAGAAUUUGA